CAAAUAGAACUCUUCAAUCGGACAUGUUGACUGUCCUAACGUACAGCGCCAUAGUCUGAUUUUGUGGAGUGUGAAGAACGGAGAAGGAACAGGUUUCUUGUAACGAAAUGUGAAAUACCCAGAUGAGGAAAAACUGAAAGUAGGAUGUCUCGAUUUGAUGUGGAGAAGUUUAAUCCGGCUCCGGAUCCUGAUCUGAUCUGUUGUAUCUGCCAGUGUGUAUUGGAUUCUCCUAUGGAGAGUCCAUGCAGACAUGUCUUCUGCAAGAUCUGUAUCGAAACAUGGCUUGCAAACCAUCACAACUGUCCCACCUGUCGUCGCAGCCUGAGAACUCGACGACUCAAGCCAGUCCUUCCUCUGGUACAAAACAUGAUCAAUCGUCUUCAGAUGUCCUGUGAUUUCAGCAUAAAUGGUUGCAAGGAAAUUCUCAUUCUUGAACAAUAUGAUAGCCAUUUGAAAGUAUGUGACUAUGAGAAAUUAAAAUGCCGGUUCAGUAAGUGUGGCAUUGAACUCCUUCGGAAAGAUUUGAGUGAACAUGAAGAAGAGUUGUGUAAAUUUCGAGAAAAGAAAUGUAACAAACAAUGUGGUCUCAUGAUACCAAUUUCUGUCUUUGACACUCAUGACUGCUUUGCAGAACUCCAGAAAUUUGCAACUGAAAGUACAGCACUUGUGGAAACUUUGAAAAAGAGCGUCAAAGAAUUGACAGAAUUGACAAAGACAAUGAAAAAAAACUUGGAAGAUCUGUCAAGAGAACUACAGGGACGAAGACAUCGUUCUCCUUUUUCAUCACCAACCUACUCUCCUUACUCGUUCACCAGUAGUGGUGAUGAAUCAGAUUUGUCCAAUUUCAUACUGGAUGAUUAUAGCAAUGAUAGGUUCGAUGACAAUCACAACACUGAGCGCAAUAUUCCACCUGCCACCAGUGCCCUCCAGAUGUACAUGGACCGAACACGAGACCAGCGUAAUGUAAGAUGGCGCUCAGGAAACCCUAAUAGAAAUGUAGAGGUGAUUGACUUGGUCCAGCCUGUAAAUAGUAACAGAACAGACAACAAUAAUACUACAAAUGAAAAUGUUUCUACUCAAGGCACUUCAACAAGUCAAUUGCCAAGCAGACCUAAUACCAAUGAUGUGAAUGGAAACCAAGUUUUGGGAAAUAACACAGCUGCAGGGAGACAAGCUACACCAGAAUCCAGACAAGACAGUCAUAGUAAUGAGGCUGCCUUAACAACACGUGUCAGUAGCACACGGUCUCGUAGUCACAUAUGGGACUCUGAUAUCAGUGUUUUGUCAUCAUCGUCUUCUUCAUCCUCAUCUUCAUCUGAUGAUGAUGUAGAUAGAGACUUUGGUAUAGAACACGGUGAGAAUGGUGGAUAUGAAGAGAGGGACAGAAACAGUGAUCUAUAUACAUAUUCUUUUUCAUCUACACCAAUUAAUUCCCCAAACAGAUCUGUCAGAAGUCGGUCCAGCAGUCGGUCAACCAUUCACGAUGACCAUGGAAGUCAAAUGCAUAGGGGCAUCAGUUCUUCACGAGAUACUAAUCAAAGUGUGUCCGAAAUUUAUUCUGAAGAUGAGAGCGACAUUUCUUACAGUUCAACAAGUAGCUCAGAAUAUGAAAGUCCAGCAAGAGUGCCUGACACCCGUCAUCAGUCUGAUUACUCCAGUGACCAGCACACAUCAGUGAACCUGACCAGAAAUACUGUAGAUUCUUGGAGGAACACAUAUAGUUCCUGUGCAGAUAGAACUAGAAGUUCUCACAAUUCUAGCCUAAAUCAGUCUUAUCCUUCAUUAUGCCAAACAGAUCAUAAUACUACAGUUAACAUGGACCAAUCAACUUGUAUUGUAGAAUCUGAACAAGAGCCCAAUUCUAGCAUUGACCAUUCGUCUCAUGUAGAAAAUUCUAAAUGGGACAGACACACUACCAGAACUAGGUCAGCUGGCAGUGAUCCAAACAUCAAAACUGACCAGACGACUUCGGUCAGUAGUCAUGUAGCCACUCUAAUGGAUCUGUCUAACUGUGGCUCGGACCAAACUAGGAAUGAGAUACCCAGUGACCAGAAUGAUGUAAUUUUGGUCAGCGUGGAAAAGGGCUCUCGUCCCGUCCAAGGAAAUAACAUUUACUACAAUUCAGAACCAGUCAAAUGUAAUGAGAAUGCUUCCUCUGCCCGUGGUGGGAUGUCACCUAGUGUCAAUAACACAGACACUACAUCACCACACAUGGAAAACACAGUAAACAAUGCUAAGGAAAAGAGGUAUGUUAAAGUUGAAAGAGACAUGGAAAACAGAACUGCUGAAAUGUCGCCUAGUUCAUUUUCAGCCAUUUGGUCGAGGAAGCGUAAACAUGACAGCAGUAGUUCAAGCAUAUCUAGUCAAGAACGAUCACCAAGAAAACGAUUUAUAAACUCAGACAAGGCUUUUUACGGUAAUAAAUCCAGUGUUUCAUCAAGUAUUUCUGAUGUGCCAGAGACGGUAUCAACACAAAACUCUUCUGCUGAGAUUGUUCCUGUUACUUGUCAGGAUCAGGAGCAAGUUUCUGGACUAUCUUUAGAGAACAUGAGGGCUUCUGUCAUCACUUCCUCUCAUACUGGAGGAGAGACAACUUGCAUGACCACAAAUACUACCACCAUAUCUGUUUCUAGUCUAGAAAUGUGUAAUUCUUCCUCACACAUUACUGAGAAUAAUCCAGUCACACAGCUGUCAGUUCUCAACAACAUAUCAAGCCAAGCAAUGUGUGUAGUAACUGGGUUUUCUCCAGGACAUGCAAACAAUGAAGCUCCAGUAUCAGAAAAGACAGCAAUGGAAACCCAAGGUAUGGAUCCUAGCCUGAAUACAACUUUUGAUCUACGUGGAUAUAAUUCAGACACUGAUGACACGUGGGAACCACAGGACAGUGUUGCAGACAGUGCCAGCGAUUUAGAUUACGUUGAGAUGACCCCAGGUUCUGACACAGAUACAAAUGGUAACACCAACCAUACAAACCAGCCAGUGACCAGAAAUACUGGUGGCUCACGGUCAGAAAGUGAUGACACUUGGGAGCCAAGAAUUAGCAGAGAUGACAACGGUGUUUCAGAUGAUGAUGAUUCUUACCUGUCAGAGCUCGACAUUGACACGGACAGUAGCUACGAGGUGAGAAUUCCUAUGUCUGUUGCCCAGCUAUUAGAUAAAUAUGCCUCUGAGGAUCAUGACUCUGAUGACAGCUGGACACCUCAUUGAACAGUUGGUGAUAAGGUCAAUAUGUUUGUUAUGUGCAAGCUUACAUUACUACUUUCAGAGUAAGCUUGAUCAGAAACUGUUGUGACUAUAAUAGGAGCAAAAUCACUCUGGUAAUACAUAAUUAAUGAGCAUGUGUAGAGAAACAAGAAGUUUUACAAUGUACGUCUUGUUGACUAUGGUUCAAGCACUGAUUUGAUUUGGUCCGACCACAGCAACUAGACAUCAUAUGCACAUUGGUCGUAACUUGGAAGCACAACAUUGAUUGGUGUUUGUUUAUCCAAGUCUGGAAUGUCAUUAGAUGGAACAGCCUGAGUGUAGUUUAUAAUAGUUGAUGAUCAAACUCGCUUCAGUGUGUGAUAUCAAACAUAACUGGACCUCUUGUGGUCAAUACUGCAUAUAUGUAUUAGAAAGAGCUAAUGUUUUCGGUUUCCCAAGUCUGAAAAGUAGUUGACCUCAGUGAUAAAUUAAGUGGUUUUUUUCAUGCUGAUAUACAAUGGAUGAUAUAUUUUUACAUAUCAAAAUGUUAAUGAAAUGAAACGUGAAUACAUGUUUUUACUAAAAUCAGUUUUGAAACAUUUGCAUGUCUGUUAUGUAGUUCCAGAUUCUGUCAAUUUUGGGUGUUUUUCUAUAAUACAUAUAUAUUUGAAAAUUUUAUUAUAAGUCAAUGUUUUUUUUUGUUAAAGUAUUUCGUAAAGUGAAACCUGAACUGCCUAUAAGCCAGAAUACCUGUCUAAGGCUUUAAACAACCUAUAUUUAAUACCAUUUAAGGGAUAACUUAUUGAUGUUUUAUAUCUAAUUACUUGUUAUCAGGGACUCUCUCUUUUCUUAGGAUCACAUGACAGGUAUUAAAUUAAACUAUCUGUAUGAAACUUUUAUUAAAUUAUUUUAAUUUCUAACAGCUAGCAUUUAAAUGAUGGUACAUGUACAAGUGUAUGAAGGAUUUACCUGGUCAUGAUCAGUUCUAUCAGUGCAUACAUGAUAACAUCUUUAAUGUUGAUUUGUGAAUGACACCAGGAACAUUAAACAAUAGUUUCAUGGUGGAUACAGUUAUUAUAAACAAGCGAUGGGACUUGCUCAUUAUCGUAGAUUGCUGAAUAACUGGGUUACUUCUGUCCACCUCCUAUUGGAACAUUUGUAAUCAAUUGUGAUACAUAUACAUACAUUAAAUCCAUUAAUAUCCUCUGCUCGGAAAGCUUUGGUCUUGUCAUAUAGCAUAAGGAAGGAAAUUGCUUUCGACUUGGAGGCUCUUAGAAAUCCUGAGUUUUAAGGUAAACAUAGAUUAUUAGGUAACAUGAGGUUUGUUGUAUGCAAGCUACCAUACAGGUAUUUCCUUCACGGAAUUUAACACAUAUCUUUAUAAAUGGUGAUCUAGUCUUUAUUUGUUAAUAUCAUACUUGAAAGUUAUGCAACAAUAUGUUGAACCAAAUUUUAAGGGAGAUAACUCUUCAUUCACAGGUUUUAAGUUAGCAAAACAUUAUAGAUAUGUUAAUUGUCCUGGAGGAUUUGUUUUGCCUGGUUUGUUGAUAUAUUGCUGUAAAUAUAGUCAUUUUAUGGACAAUAAUAUUAAAGUGCUUCUUGCAGUAGUGAAUAUUUCAAACCUAUUGAAAAUUUGUAAAUACACAUAUCAUAAAUUAUGCUAAUUUGAUUUAUAAAAAUUACUUUGGGAACUAAAGAUAUAGUUGAACUGACGUGUACAUUUACAGGACCUCUGAUCUCAGUUUCCACUUAUAAUGUCGCUCAAUUUGUAUGUUUGUUAGCUUAUGAACUUUAAGGAAUAAGAAGUAUGGCUUUCAAUCUUUUUAAUACACUGUAUGUGUAUUCUAAUGUGGGAUAAAUAGUUGAAAAGAAUGAAAGUUGACAAUCUGCUUCAGAAAUUUCAUGCCAUAAAAUAUGCUUAAUAUGUAUUUAUAGAACUGAUCAAGCCAACAAGUGAUUAAUAAUAAAAAAUGUUUAUGUAACAUUUGCUUGUGUAGACUCACAGUAUGUGUGGAGAUGAUUUGAUUGUUGGUCCCCCUCUGGUACUAUUGGAGGAGGUACUCACCCCCUCAUUCCAUGUGCUGUCGUUGCGUAACAUUGUCCAGGGUAUAUCUCAUUUACAUAAUACACGUAAUCCUUCGCUUAAAACUACCAUUUCACAUGCGAGUAACACGAGAGUUCAAUUUGGCAGAGUGUUGUAUAUAAUCACAUCAGUACUGAAUUGAGUUAUUUCCCUUAGAUUAAUGUAUGCCACUGUGUUACUGUAGCUUAUCUCUUUAAGCAUAGGUACUUGGCACAAAUUCUCAUCCAUGGUCCAUAUAUACAUCCGUUAUAUGUAUAUGGACUGUGGGUUGGGAGCUUGUUCUAAGUCCCUGUACUUCAAACUAUGACAUCUUCAUUUGCCUAUUUCAUAUGGGAGUACUUCCUGGGAUAAUGUGUUGCUGUAUUCUGAAAUUGAGUCAUGAUAAGAGUUAUGGCUCUUUGUUUACUAGUAAUUGCUUACAACACUCUGCUUUGUUUCAUUUGUUUCAUGCAUUAAUACUUUAUUCUUCUGUUAUAUUGUUUCUUUAUGAGAGGAAAGACUGAAUAAAAGAUGAAUCUACA